AUGACAACGCCGUUCCGUUCUCGACCACCGGUCUGUCACGAUCUAAUCCAGUGGCUAAUCGUGAAGUUGGUGAUUUCGACCCAAACCCCUUCCUGGCCCACGUUGUGUUUAUUUUCACCACAAAGCAGACAAGGAUCGAAUUGUCGCUGGAUUGGUGUCGUUCAGAAAGUUACUAGCGACUAUUCCUUUCUUCGUUUCCAAGUCGAGGUUACUUCAGGCAGUGAAUUACGGAAUACUGACGAAGCACUCGCCACCCCUCCCCCCCUCUCUCUCUCUCUCUCUCUCUCUCUCUCUCUCUAUGUCGUUAGACAGAGACUUUCAAUUCUUCCACUUUGCAAUUUCAUCAGGACACUGCUCAAUUUAUCUAAUAAUCUCUCUCUCUCUCUCUCUCUCUCUCUUCUGUUUUCUCUGUCCUGGGAUCUCUGCAUUUAUGAGUCCAACCUCCAAAAUCCGGGUUGGGUUGACUUGUUCGGGGAUGCCUCCGGAUCUCCUGUCAACCAAUCAAAUCUCUCCCGGGUUAUAGAGGAGCUCAUCCUGCCGGGUGGCGGUAGGAACACGUCGAUCCGCCAUCUUGUUCUCCUACCUUCUCUUGCUCGUUCCUCACACCAGUACCUUUCAGUUGGUGUAUUCAUUUUCCUCAUACUUCCUCAUAUCUGCUUCCCACGCUGUCAUCCAUCCAGGGAAUAG